AUGACAUGUGCAAAACCCACGAAAAAUACCCAGCACAAAUCACGUGCAAAAGGCCCAGACAGCUGCCCGACCUUCUUCUUCGGCAAGAAAAGUCCUCACGUGCUGUGCAGCGACUCCACCAACUCCAACCACUCCCUCCAGCCAUUGGCUCCUCUUAAGAUCCAGAUCGAGAGGAUCCCCAAAAAAAUGGACGGGGAAGAAGAAGAACCGGGCAAGAAGAAAGGGAAGGAAAUUCUUCAAGAAAACUUACCUCAACAUGCUGCACUACAAGACGGAGUGUUCUAUGAAGUCAUUGCUCAACGGUCGAUAAAAGAGAAAGCCUCGACACCCUCAAAACCGUCGGCUGAUGAAUUGGAAGCAAGCCAGCAACAAACUGUCGAAGAACCCUCACCUUCACCAGCGGAGCAAGUCCUCCUCCUCGAGCCACUGUGGACCAAACCAUUUCUAGCAUACUUGGCGAAGCAGGAGUUGCCGGAGGAUCCUGUGAAAGCAAGGCGAAUCAUCAGACGGUCAAAGGCCUUCGCUGUGGUCAAUGGCGAACUUUAUAAGCGUAGCGUCUCGGGUAUCUUCCAAAGGAGUAUGGCCAUUGACGAUGGAAAAGCACUGUUGCGCGAGAUACACGAGGGAACCCGCGGACACCAAGCAGGAAGCAGGGCCCUUGUGGCAAAGGCCUUCAGGGCAUGA